AUUUUCUUGAGCUUCUGGUACAGCAAUAAAAAUGCCGCUUUAGUUAGGGAGCCAAUGAUGGACGCUCUAAGCUAGUUUUGCUAAUAAGCUUCUUCUCGCCAAACAAAAGAGCACCGACAACAACUUCAGUCGCCACAUCGUCAAUCCACCGCAAGACAGCAACAGUAGUCCACAUCCACAAGGCACUACCGUAUAGUACAGUCAAUACAAUACAAGAGAAGCCAACCAUGCCCUACGAGACAGUCCAAGAAAAGGUGGUUCAAGAACGACGAGUCCGCGUCUGCGCUCGCUGUCGCAACCCCAUCGCAGAUAACGCGAAUCGUGGCACCGCCAAUGUGGUGGGGAGCCUCAGUGGUUCUCUGGGAGCAUCGUUGGGAGGCUCCAUGCUAUUGGGAUCGGUAUUGGGUCCUGUAGGUGCCAUUGGAGGCGCCAUUGCGGGAUCCUUUGCCGGUGCCAGGGCUGGAAGAGACGCGUCCAACAAGGUUGUGGAUGUGGUGGAAUCCCAACAAGAUAGUCUCUGUCCGGCGUGUCGCAAAGUGACAGACAGUUACAACAAAAAAGACAAUCAACAGGGCGGUCAAACGCUGGGAAAUGGUCAACCUUUGGGUGGUGGACAGCGGUUGGGUGGUGGUGCACCUGCCCGGAAUUCGUUUUCCAAUUCACAACAACAAUCAUCAGGUCAAACGCUAGGAGGCGGACAGCGGCUGGGAAGUGGUGAACCCGUGCGGCCAGGCGAUCGAAUUGGAGAAGCCGCAAAUGCCGCUGGAAGAGGAAUCAACAAUGGAUUGUCUUGGAUGAAGCAAUCCGUCACCGAUGUCGUGGACAGUGUGAAAAAUAAUGGCAACAACAACAGCAAUGACGACAAGAACCAAGGAGGCGGCAAUGGACCACAUACAAGUGGUGUGUUGUAGGAUCGUUUCUAGACAAAGAAUUCACUAUUUACAUAGCUAGUUGCUAGUAGUAGUUUUUUGUGUC